AUGGGUGGGCUAACAAAAAUACGUCAACGACAUUAUCAAAGACAGAAACUGAUGAAUGCUGCUACCGUCGUCUCAAAACGAGGUAAUUCGUCAGAUGAAUUAUUAAUUCCAUUGAAACGUCCUUCACGACCGAAGAAGAAAGAAACAAAAACAACAACACCAACACAUCAUUCACCACCACCUGAUCAACAUCGUCCAAGGCGAUAUAUUUAUAAUAAAUAUAAGAAGGCGAAAAGUAAAAGUAAGACGAAGACAAAAAAUACUAAUAAUAACAAUAGUAAUAUGACGACGACUACACAGCUUACUAUGACUACUAAUACUAACAAUAAUAAUAGUGAAUCAAGUGACAAGGACGGUAUAACAGAUCCAACUACUAGUUCAUCUAUGUGGAAACACUUUACAAGAAAUGAAGAAAGAGCGAAAGUAAAAUGUAACCUUUGUACAAUCAAUUCCAAAGAAUUUAAAACAAAAACUGAAAAUACUUCAGCUUGUCGUCGACAUUUGUUUUCAGUUCAUUAUCUUAAAGAAUUUGCACCCGCCAGUGAUAUGAAUGCACAGCUAUCAAUAACACCAUUAGAAAAGAGAGAAUUGAAUCAAUUAUGCAUAGAAGGCAUCAUCGAAGACGGUCGUUCAUUUGAAGAUUUGAGAAGAAGCGGUAUGAUGAAAAUUAUUAAUGGACUACUUCCAGAUAAUUACUUCGAUACACACUAG